CGAGCGGAUCAGGACCAAGGACAGCGGCUCGCGAGCAUCAGGUCAUUCGGAACUCCUCGCGCGUCGGAACCACAACACGUGUGAUAAUGAGGGAAAUGUAUCGAGGCGUCGGUCUAAAAUAAAACGACUUCUCUCGCAAAGUGGACCGUUUUAAUCGUCGCCUGUGUGUCAUAAAUUAAAAAGAAGGGGAAAAAAGAACGUUGGAAGCGGUAAUCAACACAGGACGCACCUGGGAAUGGACGACAGGGUUUCAGUGUUGUGACUGUGUUGUACUCUCUCUGUGUGCGUGCGAGCAGCUCGCGGGCGAACAGGUUGGCGGUCUUUUAUCCCGAGCCCGGGUCGAGGAAGUAUCAAAGCGUCGUCCGCGGCUCGGCUGUCAGAACGUCACCGAUGACAUUCCGACGCUCCUCCGAGGUCGCGAGGACAAAGUGUGCGUGCUGCUAACGGGCACCGUGCGGUGGAUGUGAUUUCUUCCUAUGUUUACAUUCGAAGGAGAACGCUGUCUUGCUGGAAAGCGUGUACGUGUUUGUACAUCUCGCCGCCUGUUUAAGUGUUCACACAUCCAGCAAAGUGGGUCCUCUAUCUAACCCCAGUGGUCCCAGUUUAUUUAUUGCUUUUUUCUUAUUUUCUGUCAAAAUGCGUUUUUUGUUCCUCUUGGCCAUUUUCGUGGUGUGCUCGUGCGCCCGUGGGGGAUGCGAACCCAAGAUAGUGAACAUCGGGGCAGUUCUGAGUCAGAAACGCUACGAGCAGGUCUUCAAAGAAGCCGUGAGCCUGGCCAACGGCAUCUAUGGCAGGGACAAGUUUAAAAUGAACGCCAUCUCCGUCACGCACAAACCCAACGCCAUCCAGAUGGCCCUGUCCGUCUGUGAAGACCUGAUAUCCAACCAGGUCUAUGCCAUCCUGGUGAGCCACCCGCCCCAGUCCAACGACCACCUGACGCCCACGCCCGUGUCCUACACCGCUGGCUUCUACCGCAUCCCCGUGGUGGGCCUCACCACCCGCAUGUCCAUCUACUCUGACAAGAGUAUCCACCUGUCCUUCCUCCGGACCGUGCCGCCCUACUCCCACCAGGCCCAGGUGUGGUUCGACCUGAUGAGAGAGUUCCGGUGGAACCACAUCAUCCUCAUCGUGAGUGAUGACCACGAGGGCCGAGCGGCACAGAAGAGACUGGAGACACUGCUGGAGGAAAGAGAGACCAAGACUAAAAACAGGAACUUUGAAAACCUCGACCAACAGUCCUUUGACUUCAGGAGAGGACCUAAGGCGGAGAAGGUUCUGCUGUUCAGCCAGGACACCAACCUCACUGCCCUGCUGAUGGAGGCCAAGGACCUGGAGGCGCGUGUCAUCAUCCUGUCGGCCAGUGAGGACGAAGCUGCGGCGGUGUAUAAAUCAGCCCGGCAGCUCAACAUGACGGGGUCCGGCUACGUCUGGCUGGUGGGGGAGAGAGAGAUGAGCGGCAAAGCCCUGAACGAGGCCCCCGAUGGUCUUCUGGGUCUCCAGCUCAUUAACGGUAAGAAUGAGUCUGCCCACAUCAUGGACGCCGUGUCAGUAGUGGCCCAGUCGCUGCAGGAGCUCUUUGAGAAGGAGAACAUCACAGAGCCGCCGCGGGGUUGUGUUGGUAACACCAACAUCUGGAGAACCGGCCCACUCUUUAAACGGGUGCUUAUGUCAGCAAAGUACCCCGACGGUCUGACAGGAAGGAUCGAGUUCAACGAUGAUGGAGACAGGCGUUUUGCUACCUACAGCAUCAUCAACCAGCAGAAACCUGGGCGCCUGGUUCAAGUUGGAGUGUUCAACGGCUCACAGGUUAUAAUGAACGCUCAGAGGAAGAUCAUCUGGCCAGGAGGAGAGACAGAGAAGCCCAGAGGAUACCAGAUGUCAACUAGACUCAAGAUUGUGACUAUACACCAGGAGCCAUUUGUUUACGUCAAACCCACCAAGAAUGAUGGGACGUGCCGAGAAGAGUACACAUUAAAUGGAGUCCUCAUCAAAAAGGUCAUAUGUACCGGACCCAAUGGAACCAUUCCAGGACAGCCCAUAGUGCCUCAGUGCUGCUAUGGUUUCUGCAUCGACCUGCUGAUUAAACUUGCCAUGAACAUGAACUUCACCUACGAGGUUCACCUGGUGGCGGAUGGCAAGUUUGGCACGCAGGAGCGAGUAAAUAACAGUAAUAAGAAGGAGUGGAAUGGCAUGAUGGGAGAGUUGUUGAGCGGUCUUGCCGACAUGAUCGUAGCGCCUCUCACCAUCAACAACGAGCGUGCUCAGUACAUUGAGUUCUCCAAGCCCUUCAAGUACCAGGGCCUCACCAUCCUGGUGAAGAAGGAAAUCCCGCGUAGUACGCUGGAUUCCUUUAUGCAGCCGUUUCAAAGCACGCUGUGGUUAUUGGUUGGCCUGUCGGUCCAUGUGGUGGCAGUGAUGCUCUACCUACUAGACCGAUUCAGCCCUUUUGGAAGGUUUAAAGUGAAUAGUGAAGAAGAGGAGGAAGAUGCCCUGACCCUGUCCUCGGCCAUGUGGUUCUCUUGGGGAGUCCUGUUGAAUUCUGGGAUAGGAGAAGGAGCUCCCCGGAGUUUCUCAGCGAGGAUUCUGGGUAUGGUGUGGGCAGGCUUCGCCAUGAUAAUCGUGGCUUCCUAUACUGCCAACCUGGCAGCCUUCCUGGUGCUGGACCGGCCUGAGGAGCGCAUCACCGGCAUCAAUGACCCCAGGCUGCGUAACCCAUCAGAUAAGUUCAUCUACGCCACAGUGAAGCAGAGUUCGGUGGACAUUUACUUCCGGAGGCAGGUGGAGCUGAGUACCAUGUACCGGCACAUGGAGAAACACAACUACGAGAGUGCUGCAGAAGCCAUCCAGGCUGUCCGUGACACUAAGCUCCAUGCCUUCAUCUGGGACAGCGCAGUGUUGGAGUUUGAAGCGUCUCAGAAGUGUGACCUGGUGACCACCGGGGAGCUUUUCUUUCGUUCCGGAUUUGGGAUCGGGAUGAGGAAAGACAGUCCCUGGAAGCAGAACGUGUCCUUGGCCAUUCUCAGCUCUCAUGAGAAUGGCUUCAUGGAGGACCUGGACAAGACGUGGGUUCGAUACCAGGAGUGUGACUCCCGGAGCAACGCCCCCGCCACCCUCACCUUCGAGAACAUGGCCGGGGUGUUCAUGCUGGUCGCCGGGGGGAUCGUGGCUGGGAUAUUCCUCAUCUUUAUCGAGAUCGCCUACAAACGACACAAAGACGCCCGCAGGAAACAGAUGCAGCUCGCCUUCGCUGCUGUCAACGUCUGGCGGAAGAACCUACAGCCGUACCCGACUGACAUCACUGGCCAGCUCAACCUCUCGGAUCCGUCCGUCAGCACCGUGGUCUGAGACACACCCACGGCAUUCAAUGUCCCAGCCAGAAUAUCCAUGCUGCUACACCUUUUCAAUCUGCCUAACACACUCACACACACAAAGACACACAAACCUACAAACACACAAACACCACCAUUCAUCCCCAAACCAUCACUGAAACCUACUCUAGAUACAAACACACACACACACACACACACUCAUACACACACAUUUUCUCAUCCUGCUUACAGAGGCAAUCAUUUUCCUUUCUGUGCAAUUUUAAAGAUGGUGUAGCAUGUAACAUAGUAGAGGUUCAGACUGAGCCACAUGACAUGUAUUUGAGACUGGUCCACCUCAAUUGUAGUUCAGACUGAUCCACCUCAAUUGUAGUCCAGACUGAUCCACCUGACUUGUAGUUUAGUCUGUUCUACCUGACUUGUAGUUCAGACUGAUCAACCUGACUUGUAGUUUAGUCUGAUCCAUCUUGACUUGCAGUUCAGACUAAUCCACCUGAAUUGUCGUUCAGAUUGAACCACCUGUAGUUCAGAUUGACAUCUCUGUAUUUGACCAGUAAUGUCAAGAACACAAGGGAACUUACUUCAGGACACUAUCCUGGGAUGAGUCCUUGUCGGAAAGAACAAAGACUCACGUCCUAACAAAACAGACAUUCCACAGCACAGGGCUGAUGUAGCUGCCAUCUGUGCUCUCAAGAUUACAUAGAACACGUGAAGCUGGCUAGUCAGAGCUAUAUAUGUAUCUCUGUCUUUACUUUAUGUACGUUUUCAUAUGUUAUAUGUAUGUGGUUUAGAAAGGUAUGUAUUUUGGAUUACCGUUUAGCUUUUCCUUUUGGGUUGUGAUAGGAAAGAGGUUUACUUGAGGUUCUGGAGGGUAAUUCGCUAGGCUGUCUUUCUAAGAUACGGAGAGCCAACUGGAAUUCAUAUCAUCAAAUACAUUUUGGUUGUAUAUUCAUAAUGUAUAUAUCCAGGGGCGUGUCCAGGAAAGGGGGAACAAAAAGGUUUUGGAUUCCCCCCCCCAUGUGACACCCCAACUAAAGCUGGCAGUCAACAGAAUAGUUUAGUGAUUGGACGACACAAUGCUACACAAAAGUGAGUGACGUCCCCUGUGUUGUUCUGUGCCACUCCUGCCCCAUCCCCCCACCAGGACCCACUGGUUGCCAGUUGGAACCAAUGAACACGGGUCGAGUAGCUUAUCAUUAUCCCGAACCAAUGGCCAUUAGACAUGCAAAGGGCGUAUGCAUAAUGCUGAGUGAGUUGUAGCUGCUGCUUCUUCGAGACAGACUUCAGACACUUACUCUGUUUGCAUUCUGAGGUAAUUUGUGCAGUACUUGAGCACCUUGCUACAGCUAUACAUUACAGAGUGCCCAUUGGAUAAGCCUCAUGGCCCACAUUUCCCAUCAGAUUUAUGUAGCUCAAUACGGCUUAUGCUGAAAGUAGAAUGCAGGUGUUGUGAUGUUGGCAGUUUUGUCCAGCUCUGUAAUGUAUAGCUGUAUAGCAGUGAUUUACCGCCGGGGCCGCCCCUAGUGUUAUGUGAGGGUACUGCAUGUGAUUCGCCAAAUUGUCGUUCUUUUUUUUGUUAUAUACAUUGUAAUGAAAACAAUGUUAAUUGUGUUGUUGUGACGAAAUGCAUCAUUACUGUAAUAUAAAUAGGCACAUCUGGUACAAGAGUGAUAAAGGGUUAUGGUUGGGUUCUAAAUGACAGUAGGUUGUGAAUCCCUACUGCAGAGGUGAAAGCCAUUAAAAAAAAAACAUGCCAUUUUUAUGUGGAACUUUAUUCGUAUAUAUUUCGUAAUAACUACGGCAGAAACCUUUUUGUAAAUCCAUUGAAUCACAAUUCCAAGUGCUACUAAGGCCACAGUGCUGAGGCAAAACAGUUGAUGUCAGAAAAAGAGGUUUGUUUCCAUGUUUCUAUGUUUGUACGUAAAUAUCCAUGCUACUGCUUCAUAUUGUGUUCUUUUUUAACCUAACAGGUUAGUCGUAUAAAAAGUAACUGUUUUUUAUACUGAGCUUAGAAAUUAUUUUCAGGUCAAAUUCUGCUCCGUCGCACUGUGAUGACACCAGUCACCUUCAGCCGCUCCAACAUCCUGUGAUUGUGUUAUACUGAGCUCUCUCUCUCUCCCUCUUUCUCUCCCUCUCUUCCUCUCUCCCUCUUUUCCUCUCGCUUCCCUUCCUGUCUUUCUCUCUUCUAUUCUCAGAUUAUGCAUUUUAUUGGAUUUUAGUCGAACCGGAGCAUGAUUUAUUUUACACUUGUUUCUUGUUCUAAAAUUCUUAUUUGAUUUAUAACAAAGGAAAUAUUUAAUUCCCAAUGAUAACAUUCUUAUAUUGUGUACAAUCAUUCAUGUAAUUUCACUUGAAUUGUAAAUUAACAAAGAUUAUUCUGUUUGUGGGCCUUUAAUAGAGAUAAGAGAGUUUAUCCUUUGAAGCACUGACAUGUUGUGCGUACCACUUUAUAUAGUAUAAUAUGUUUCUAUGAAUAUUAUACGUGAUCGGUAACAUAGUGCCCUGAGGUAUAUUUUAGUGCCGUAUCUUCGUACGACCGGAAUGACAUCUACCAGUAGAUGCCCUCAAACGCCAAUCUGGGCUAGUGGGUCUAUGUGGGUCCGAACCUGCCCCCUGCCCAGAGUUUCUGCACCAGAGAACCAAUUCUGGGCUGUAAUGUUGCUAGCAGAGGACCAUUACAUGCAGAUACAUUUGUAAUCCAUGAGGUUCAGUAGGAGUAAAGCUUGUGACCUUUGCCCUGAUACACGCUUACCUCACCCGCAGUCCACUCAGCCACCACUUUCAGCUUUCAUGCAGCGUCGUUUUUAUGUCACAUAAAAACAAGAACUGUUGAACAGACCACCCGAUACACACUGAUACCACGACCUUCCAUUUGAGCUUGGAGAAAGAACGUUAGCCGGUGGUUCUGGUAAGCUUCGGUUUGGAGUGAUGUUUGUGUUGGUCAUUGUGAGCAUUUAUGAUAUAAACUCAGGCUUUAUCAUUCGUACUUGCAUUGCUCUAUGUUGAUUUUAGAUAAUGUGGUAUGUUAUACAACAAUAAUAAUAUUAAUGUGAAAUCUGAAUGGCUUAAUUAUAAGCUAAAAGUAUUUUGUAAAAUUGAACUCAUAUCUGUCCAGCUCUCCAUCCUCUGACUUUGUACUGGAAGCUGGUCUGAUGUCUGUUGGAGCUGGUCUGAUGUCUGUUGGAGCUGGUCUGGUGUCUGUUGGAGCUGGUCUGGUGUCUGUUGGAGCUGGUCUGGUGUCUGUUGGAGCUGGUCUGGUGUCUGUUGGAGCUGGUCUGGUGUCUGUUGGAGCUGGUCUGGUGUCUGUUGGAGCUGGUCUGGUGUCUGUUGGAGCUGGUCUGGUGUCUGUUGGAGCUGGUCUGGUGUCUGUUGGAGCUGGUCUGGUGUCUGUUGGAGCUGGUCUGGUGUCUGUUGGAGCUGGUCUGGUGUCUGUUGGAGCUGGUCUGGUGUCUGUUGGAGCUGGUCUGGUGUCUGGGGGAUGCUGGUUGGAUGACUGGGUGAAGCUGGUUUGAUGAAUGGGUGAAGCUGGUUGGAUGACUGGUUGAAGCUGGUUGGAUGACUGGGUGAAGCUGGUUGGAUGACUGGGUGAAACUGGUUGGAUGACUGGGUGAGGCUGGUUGGAUGAGUUGGUUAGGCUGGUUGGAUGACUGGGUUAAGUUGGUUAGAUGACUGGGUUAAGCUGGUUGGAUGCCCUCUGGACUUGGUUUUAUGACCAUCAUGAGUUUCCUCUCCAUGAUUUACACGCUACACAUUGGCUGCACUUUAGAAUAACUGCUACUUUAUUACUAAGUGCAAUAAAGUAAAGAGUGAAUUUAUACUGAAUUCAGCAUUUGUAAAGCAUUAAUGAAUACUCAAUAUUAAACAGUUCCUAAUAAUCUCAAUUAUUAAUAAGUUAAUGAGAAAAUGGUUUAAAAGAUAAUUUAUGAAGAGUAAGUUGAUGAUUUACAAACUAACUACUACAAUGUCUUAAUAAUGUCUGAUAAAUACAUUUGUGCAAUUCAGGUAGUUAUUAACAAUUUGUUUAUUAUGGUGGAAUAUAAAUGUCCAUUAUCUAAUUAUUUCAUAAUCCUUUAGAACUGAUUUUGAAUAGCUAAUGAGUAUCCAUGUGUGAAAAAAGCUUUAUCAAGGAGGAAUUCUCUAUUAACUUUGCUGUCUUCAAGCUUUAAAGUUACAGAUAAUCUAAAGAGCUACCAACACAUUCUACAGCCUCACUAUGUGGACCUCGCUCCAAUUUGGGGAUUAUCAGUCUGGUACCAGUGGGACAUGGUUGGCUAUCAUUGAGUACAGUUGGACAGGAGGGUUGCUGGAAAGAGAGGUUCCAUAUGCUGUUUAACACGCGUGAUAAUGCUUCUUGUACAGGGGCACGCUGAGACCAGGUUUGAUGCUGACAUCUCCAAAGAGGGAUGUCCUUUAAACCUGGAAUCUCUGUUAUGUUCAAACCUGGUAUUUUAGACAGCUGUUAUGCUUAUACUGGUUAUACUGUGCAUAUGAUGAAAACAACACUUUAACUUUGACUUUAAACCUGAUAUCUUCGAUGUUAUGUUUAAAAAUUGUAGUUCCUGCUAUCUGGUCAAAAUAAUGGGAAAAAAAAUUGUAUAUAAUAGAUACCAGCUUUAAACCUGGUAUCGGCAAAGGUAUAUUAUGUUUAAAUCUAGCGUAACCUGAAACUGUGAUAUCAUAUUUCAAGCUGUGCUUUAGCUUGUCUGUCACCUGAAAAGCACUUCUGAACUGCCUGAUCAAUGCUCUAUUAAGAUGUCAACAAGAAUUAUCAGUAUUCUAAUAACCAUUUAUUACAGAAAUCACUUGUAUUUAAUAAUUGUUCAAAUAAACUGUCUAUGUUACACAUCAAA